GACUUAAUUUUAAUCUUCUAAUUUUCUUGCCAUGACCUAACGCUCUCGCGUUCCAAACGGUGUUACUAAUGGUAAAACGACCUGGGCACUUUCCUCAGGGUAGUAGGAAAAAGGCAAAGCUAAGGACCAGUAGUACGCAAUCCGCUAAACCUCACAAACGGAACGACAAAGGCAAAGGGAAGGAACGAGCAGCGGAUAGGGAUACUAUCCCUAUUCCAGUUGACAACGAUGAAUAUGACGAGAAGGACGAAGCCAUUCUCUCUGAUCAGGACUUAGACGUUCUUGAACAAUAUGGAACCGCGGCUGGUUUCCUUGGUCACCUUGACCGCAAAGGACUUUCUAGGAGUAAAAAAGAAACACGUAGACUUCAUCAACUCAAUAAGCCUAUUAAGAAAGCACUCGUCGACGAUGAUUUACCUUCCAUCGAGUCUCACGACGAAGAUGACGGAGAUUGGAGUUCAGACAUUGGUUCAGAUGGGCAGGACAAAGAAGAUGACCACUAUCUUUAUCCUGGAGGCUCGGAUUCAGACGCCGAAAUGCCUUACGAACUCGCCCUUCGUGAAGUUCGCACCGAACCCAGGCAACAGGAAAACCGCGGUAUUCAACGGUUGCCUAUCAAACUUGCUGAUGGGACUAUCCAAAACACCGGCUGGAGAGCAGCACAAAAAAGAUGCGAAGACGAGGAAGAUGAGGAAGACGAAGAGGGGGAAGAAAAUGUCGAAGACCUUGCUCCUCCGAGAGACACCGUUGCAACGGGUGCCAGGUUUGGUCGCCCUGCAGUUAUUGAUGUUAUUAGUACCAAAUCCAGAAAGUUGCGAAUCCAAGGAGCUAAAGAACAAAUUGCCAGUAUAUGUCAGGAUAUUAUGGCUGAACCUGAGAAUUCAAUUGGCCUUCUCAAACGCCUUCACACUUUCUCUCUUCCCUCAAUCUCCUCCCCUACUCACCCAGAUCCCUUACCCAACGACACAAUCAUCCGAAAACUCUCCGUUCUCUCCCAGUUGGCUGUCUUCAAAGAUAUUGUACCCGGAUACCGAAUCCGUGCGUUAACGGAAAAAGAAAAGACUGAAAAGGUUAGUCAGCUUGUAGCUCAAACUCGAGAAUGGGAACAGGGACUGGUAGGAGCGUAUCAGGCGUAUUUGAGAUUGUUGGAAGGGGAGCUGAAAGCUCACUCAGACCUUGCCGAAAGCGCUCUCAAAUGCAUAUGCACACUCCUCACUGAACUCACCCAUUUCAAUUUCCGAGUUAAUCUCAUGAGCUGCGUCGUGGCUCAGUUGAGUAAAAGGACUAGGAACGAGUCGUUCGACCUUUGCCUCACCUCUCUCAUUCGUGUUUUCCGAGCCGACACUACCGGUGCCGCCUCUCUUGAGGUUGUCCGAUUACUCAACCGCAUGAUCAAAGAAAAACGAUACAACGUCCAUCCCGCGGCUAUUUCAUGCCUUUUACAUCUACGUCUCAAGACCGAGCUGGGAGGUGUGAGGUCUUCUAGCUCCAAAGCCAGCAAAGAACAGGCAAACGACAACAAGAAAAGCCGGGAUAAGAAGAUGAGGGGCAAGAAAGAUGAGGUUCAUUUGAGCAAGAAAGCGGUGAAGGCGCUCAAGGAACGAAAGGAGAUUGAAAAAGAGUUCAAGGAAGCAGAGGUCGAAGUUGAUAAAGAAGAACGUGCCAAUACUCACACGGAAACCCUCAAACUAGUCUUCGUCCUUUAUUUCUCCAUCCUUAAAAACCCUGGGUCCAAACGUCUCUUACCGGCAGCGUUGGAGGGCAUAUCCAAAUUCGCACAUUUGGUCAAUAUCGACUUUUUUAUGGAUUUGAUGAAGGUGCUCAAGGAGUUGAUCGUUUCUGAAGACGUGGAGGAAGAUGACGGGCAGGGCGUGGAGGAGGCAGUAGAAAAGAAGUUGUUAUGUAUCGUUACUGCGUUCGACCUACUUUCUGGACAGGGUGAAGCUCUAACCGUCGACCUUACCGACUUUAUCACCCACUUGUAUGCGCUUAUACCAUCUCUUAUUGUUUCCUCCUCCACCUGCAUGCAAGACAGCCUUCUACGUGCUCUCAACCUCAUUUUUCUCCCGCGACACAACCACGCCAAGCCCCACCCCAGUUACAGGACCGCAGCGUUCUCCAAACGACUUUUAACAACAUCCGUUCAUCUUCCCUCCUCCAUGACCCUCAAGAUUCUAGAGUUUAUCCGUAAUCUGGUCGCCCGAGAUCCAAAUUUGCUUUCUUUACUCGGGGACGACGAAGACGGUGAUGGGGUAGCAGGAGGGAUGUACAAUGCCACGGUUGACGAUCCAGAGUUGGCUAAUGCAUUGGGUGGGAAAGGGGGAAGAUGGUAUGAGUUGUAUCUGCUGAGAGAGAGACAUUGGGAUACGAAGGUCAGGGAGGAGGCGGGGAGGGUGCUAGAGAUGGGUGGGGGGAAAUAGCACACACUACUGAUGCUGGACCAAAAAAAACAACCAGUUUACUCGGCUAGACGAAGGAAUCUCGUCACACGUCUCUUUCGUUUCCAUUUUUUUCUUUCUGAUCGAUAGUGCUUAAAACCUUGGCGGGUACUUUACGAUUGUGGUAUGGAUCAACAUUUUGUGAUCCAAUGGGCGUAUGGCGGGUUAGUUGCUAUGAGGUAUUGUGGGUAUACACCUCCCACUACGGUACGUGUAAGUGGCCGGGUAGAGUCCAUGAGGUGCCACCCCCUGCGCCGGCGUCCACAACGUAGACCGCCUGUACUGUGUCGGGUCCUUCGGUAUCCUACGGGG